CGAUGCCCCUCAGAGCGUCGUAUCUCUGCCAGAUCGGUCGUUUCCCUUCCCUUUUCCCUGCCACUCCACCUUCUCCUUUAUCGUCCCCCCCCUUCCGUUGCAGCUCUUCGGUUUCUCCAUGCUUGCAAAGCAGCUAGCAAAGCAGCUAGCAAAGCGAAGCGAGAGCAAGAGAGGAGUACGAUCAGAAAGAUGGCGUUGCCUGCGCAGGAGGUUCCCCAGACUGGGGACUGUCUUGGCGAGCAGGCGGUAAUAUCAGAAAUGGCGAUGACGAUGGCGUUCUCUUGCCAACAGGUCCCUGAGAACUGUCUGGCUUCUUUCAAGUUGAUCCUCGUCGGCGAUUUGGGCUCUGGGAAGACCACUUUCGUGAAGAGGCACCUGACGGGAGAGUUCGAGAGGUGCUACGAGCCGACGAUUGGCGUGGAGGUGCAUACUCUGGAUUUCUUCACCAAUUGCGGCCAGAUUCGUUUCUUUUGCUGGGAUACUGCCGGGCAGGAGAAAUUCCGCGCCCGGCCUGAUGACUACUACUAUAGGCAUGGGCACUGCGCCAUCAUCAUGUUCGAUGUGACGUCGACGUGGACGUACGAGAACGUGCGGACGUGGUAUCGGGACCUUCGCCGCGUGUGCGGGAACAUUCCCAUCGUGUUGUGUGGAAACAAGGCUGAGGUUAAGGAGAGGGCGGUGAAACCCAAUCAGGUCACUUUCCACAAGAAGAAGAACAUUCAGUACUAUGAGAUUUCUGCCAAGCGUAAUCACAACUUAGAAAAACCUGUCCUGUAUCUCGCUCGUAAGCUGACAGGCAACCCCAAUCUCCACUUCGUUGAGUCUCCAGCUCUUGCGCCGCCGGAGGUGAUGGUGGACAUAGAGAAGCAGAAAAAGAACGAGGCGGCGGAAAUUGCUGCCGCCGCUGUACAGCCCCUGCCUGAUUGGGGGGAUGAUGAGCUGUCGGACAGCUAGAUUAGUUUGUUUGUUUGUUUGUUUGUUUGUUUGUUUGUUUGUUUGUUUUUUUUUUUUUUUUUUUU